GGCCGCAGAGGGCUUGGCUGGAGCUGAGAGUCCACCUGUUCCAGGAAUCUCCUGAGCCCACAGAUCCUGGGGGCGGGGGCCAGGCUGCCAUGACUCGGGAAAACGGGCUGGGCCUGCUGCUGGUGCUGCUGCUGCCCGUGGUCGGUGCCUCCAGGCCGGGCACCGUGGUCAGACUCAACAAGGAAGUGCUGAGCUACGCGGCUGAAGCCGGGAAAGCCCCUCUCCAGCGGGCCCUGCAAGUCACUGUCCCAAAUUUCCUGGACCGGAGUGGAGAGGCGCUCCAGCCCACCAGGAUUCAGAUUCUGAAUGUCCACCUGCCCCACCUCCACCUGAAAUUGAUUGCCGGUUUUGGAAUACGCUUGUCGGCAGCCGCCAAUUUUACUCUCAAGAUCUUUCAUGUCCCAGAGCCCCUGCACCUGAUGCUGCCCAUGGAGCUGCUGGUCGAUGCCCCUGUGGACCAGUGCUCCAUUGGGACCCCCGUGGUCAGCAUCUCCGACUGCUUCUCUUUCUUCGAUGAAGCCAUCGUGUUGGAUGAUCGUAACCGCGCAGCCCCCGCGCUGCUGGUGCCCCUGCAGAAGCACAUCCAAGCUGUCCUGCAGAGCAAGCUGUGCCUGAGAGUCUCCAACGUGGUGCAGAGCCUCAAUGUCCACCUGGGCACUUUAAUUGGCCUCAGCCGGGUGGGUCCGGAGUCCCAGGUUCGCUACUCCAUGAUCAACGCACCCACCAUCACCAGGGACUACAUUUCCUUGGAUGUCAACGCUAUUCUCUUCCUGCUGGGCAGACCCAUCAUGCUGCCCGAGGUCAACACCUCCUUCGUGCUGCCACAUCAUGUGGGCACCCGCGGUGCCAUGGUAACCGUGGGCCUCUCCCAGGACCUGUUCGACUCCGCCCUCCUGCUGCUGCAGAAGGCUGGCGUGCUCAACAUGGACAUCACUGGGCAGCUGAAGUCAGAUGACAACAUACUGAACACGUCCGUGCUGGGCCAGCUCAUCCCUGAGGUGGCCCGUCAGUUCCCCGAGCCCAUGGCCCUGGUGCUCAAGGUACGGCUGGGUGCCAUGCCCACUGUCACACUCCAUACCAACAACGCCACACUGCAGCUGCAGCCCUUUGUGGAGGUCCUGGCCCCAGCCUCUAACUCGGCUUUCCAGUCCCUCUUCUCCCUCAAUGUGGUAGUGAACCUGAGCCUCCAGCUCUUCGUGUCCGGGGUGAGGCUUCGGGGGACCACGUCUGUGCUGGGGAAUGUUCAGAUCACUAUGGCCUCCUCCAAUGUGGGCUUCAUUGAUAUGGAGAAAGUGCAGAUACUCAUGGACACCGUGUUUGAGAGGCCCCUGCUGGACCACCUCAACGCUCUCCUGGGCCUGGGCAUUGCCCUCCCCCACGUGGUCAACCUCCACUACAUCUCCCCUGAGAUCUUCGUCUAUGAGGGCUACGUCGUGGUCUCCAGUGCACUCUUGUACCAGCGCUGACGUGGGACCACUGGGAGUGCUGCUGUGGGAACCCUUUUGCCUCCAGCCACUUGGGAAACAGAGACAAAGCCACAUUUAGUCAUCACCAGCAAGCUGGAUGGCCCCACCGGGCUGCCUAAUCCCCCUCCGCCUUCUCCCCUCCUCCCUUCACCCCCUCUUUGUGGGGAGCAGACACCUCCUCCAGGGUGUAUAGAUCUCUCUCCUCUUGCAUUAAACUUCUUCUCUUGAGCUGCAACUUC